CCGGGAGCUGUGCUGAAGUUUAACCUAAAACGCAGCCCAUCAUCUGCCUCUCCUCUGUGCAGAUUUUGCCUUCCCCUCGUGCUGGCUUCCCUCCCUGUGAUGGCUACUGGUGAAGAGAUCGUCCCUGCCCUGCAGGACUCGUGGGGUGACUUCUGGCUUUUCCGUUUCUUUGUUAAUGCUGCUGGCUACGCGAGUAUUGUGGUGCCGGGAUUCCUCCUCAUCCAGUACUUCAAGAGAAGGAAUUACCUGGAGACAGGUCGAGGCAUUUGUUUCCCUGUCAUCAAAUCAUGCGUGUUUGGCUCUGAGGUGAAGUCUGUACACCAGGAGGAUGGCUCCCUGCCACCCCGAGCAGAGCCCACAGAGUCCUCUACAGCCCGACAGGUCUUCAAGCUGCUCUUCUGCGCUGCUGGUCUACAGGCCUCCUACCUCACAUGGGGCGUCCUCCAGGAACGUGUGAUGACGAGAACGUAUGGCGCCACUGAAACGGAACCUGGUGAGAAGUUCAAGGACUCUCAGUUCCUUGUGUUCAUGAACCGCAUCCUGGCCUUCACGGUGGCUGGUCUGUACUGCGCCCUGACCAAGCAGCCACGCCAUGGGGCGCCUAUGUACAAAUACUCCUUUGCCUCCCUCUCCAACAUCCUCAGCAGCUGGUGCCAGUAUGAGGCACUCAAAUACAUCAGCUUCCCCACCCAAGUGCUGGCCAAGGCCUCCAAAGUGAUCCCAGUGAUGAUGAUGGGCAAACUGGUGUCACGCAAGAGUUACGAGUACUGGGAGUACCUGACUGCUGCCCUCAUCUCCGUGGGGGUCAGCAUGUUCCUGCUCUCCAGUGCUCCCAACAGACACGUGUCCACUGUCACCACUUUCUCAGGCAUAAUCCUCCUGGCUGGCUACAUAAUCUUUGACAGCUUCACCUCUAACUGGCAGGAUGCCCUCUUUGCCUACAAGAUGUCUCCUGUGCAGAUGAUGUUUGGUGUCAAUGUCUUCUCCUGCCUCUUCACGGUGGGCUCACUCUUGGAGCAGGGUGCCUUGCUAGAGUCAGUUCGCUUCAUGUCCCGGCACUCGGAGUUCACGGCCCAUGCUGUGCUGCUAUCCGUGUGCUCUGCCUGCGGCCAGCUCUUCAUCUUCUACACCAUCAACCAGUUUGGGGCAGCUGUCUUCACCAUCAUCAUGACACUGCGCCAGGCCUUUGCCAUCCUCCUCUCCUGCCUCAUCUAUGGGCACACUGUCACUGUUGUGGGUGGGCUGGGCGUAGCUGUUGUCUUCAUGGCCCUCUUCCUCCGUGUCUAUGCCCGCAGCCGCAUGAAGAAGCGCAGUAAGAAGCUCCCACCAGGCGAGACCCCUGUGCAAAAGGUCUAGGGAGCUGGGGCCAUGGUGUUUAAGCCGUGCCUGCUGUCCUGCCUCCACCUGGGGGUACUUGCUUGAUUUCUGAGAAUCCACUGAGGAGCAGAGUGGGGUAUGAAUAGGCUGGACCAGUGACUCACUUUUCCACCUGCUUUUCUUGGGGAAGGGGCUGGAACAAGCCCAGGGAGUGCUUUGGGCUGCCACAGCUCCAAACCUUUCCGUUUGCCUUAAUAGGUCAAAGACUUUCAGGCAAGGCAUGGGCCUGGGGGCUCACAUCCUGGGGGGGAAAACCAGCACGAGGCUGCUGGUACUCUUGCCCCACCUCUGUCUUGUGGCUUCUCUAAAGUCACCGAUUAACAAGGGAGCUCUUUUCCCUGGCACCAUCUUGCCUCUGGCUAAUGCUCCUCCAUUUCUGUCACUGCUACAGAGCUCAACUGGAGGAAAGGGCAAGCAGAACACUAGCUUUCUUUUUGAAACAACUCCAUGUGAGUCAAGUCCCAACC